UGCUGCAACAAAUAUGAAACAUCGAAUUGAAAACAACAUUGGGGCUAAAUUUGAUAUAUCCUGAUGCCGGAACGUUCGAUAAAAGUUCAUGUGUCUGAUCGUCCAUGGAUGACUAACCAACUUAAACGGCUCAUUAUUCAAAGGCAAAAGGCGUUCUCACGAGGAAAGGAUGGUUUAUUCAGGCAUUUAAGGAAUAAAGUAAACCGUGAAAGGAAGCGAUGCCGAAAAAGUUAUUAUCUAUCUAAAGUCCGUGGACUAAAGGAAAUUAAACCGCACAGAUGGUGGUACGAAAUCAAACUGUUAUGUGGCUCUUCGGAAAAGCAUAACCCAGAUUUUCGAUCAAGCUUGACUACGAACUUAAAUUGCAACGAUUACGAACUAGCAAAUAAGAUCAAUGAAGCCUUUAUCAGUGUUAUGGCAGACUACGAUCCGCUAACUAAUGACGUAUGUGUCUUGAAGGAAGACGACGACGAACCAAUACAAGUUACCGAAAUGUUGGUCGCAAAAACUUUACGUGAAUUAAGCGCCACAAAAGCGAAUGGUCCGGACAAGUUACCAAACUGGGUACUGAAGACAUACGCCGAUAUAUUAGCACCUGCGGUUGCUGAUAUUAUCAACUGCUCAUUCCAAACGUGCAAAGUCCCACAAGCAUGGAAGAUGGCCGACGUUCCCCCCAUCCCUAAACAAUCAAAGAUCACGGACUUUAAUAAAGAUCUAAGGCCAAUUUCUCUGACGUCAACCUUAUCAAAAGUGGCAGAAAAAUUCAUCAUUGACAGAGGACUGAGGCCGACUUUGCUUAGAUCUUUGGAUCCAUCACAAUUUGGUUUUGUACCAGGCUCGUGUACAACGUUUGCUCUUAUCUGAAUGUUACACAAAUGGCUAACUGAAAC